ACUUUCGCACGCUGGCUUCCCUAGUAGGGGGAUGGCAUGGGUGAGCCGGCAAGUGGUUUCGUAACUCGCACGGGGUGUUUUUCAGCUCCCGAGGUGACCCCCACUUUGGAGCCUCUGAGCGACGGUGCCUCGCUGCCGGACAACUGGAUGUUCUGGGCGAUGCUGCCGGCGCCGCCACCACCGCCUUCGUCGCUUCCCGCAGCAGGGUCCGAACCUUCCUCAGAGGCUCAGCCCCCCGCGGAGGCCCAGAGCCUCCCCGAGGCGCCUCCCCCCUUUGACGCCCAGAUUCUUCCCGGGGCACAGCCCCCUUUCGACGCCCAGUCCCCCCUUGAUUCUCAGCGUCAACUCAAUGGCCAGCCUUCUUGGAAUUUCCAGGCUUCAACAUCAUGGUACUGGACACAGUCUCCUGGUGUUUUUCCUUGGCAUCGGCAGCCCCACAACACUCCGGUUAAACAUUCUUAUCUUCCACGAAAACAUGAUGCAAAGGUCAAUGACUUCAACAUCUCUCCCAGGAGAAAACAGAAAAAAAGGAAAAGAAAGGAACCAGUUUUUCACUAUUUUUGUGAUACCUGUGAUCGUGGUUUUAAAAAUCAAGAGAAGUAUGAUAAACACAUGUCCGAACAUAUGAAAUGCCCUGAGGUAGAUUGCUCUUUUAGUGCACAUGAGAAGAUUGUCCAAUUCCAUUGGAGAAAUACGCAUGCUCCUGGUAUGAAGAAAAUCAAGUUAGACACUCCAGAGGAGAUUGCAAGAUGGAGGGAAGAAAGAAGAAAAAAUUACCCAACUCUGGCUAAUAUCGAAAGGAAGAAAAAGUUAAAAAUUGAAAAGGAAAAGCGAGGAGCAGUGUUGACAACGACACAGUAUGGCAAGAUGAAGGGGAUGGCCAGACAUUCACAGAUGGCAAAAAUCAGAAGUCCUGGCAAACGUCACAAAUGGAAAAAUGGUCGUGCUGGACAGAGAGCAGCCAUUGGGUCAGGCAAUCCCUUGUGUGAUUCAAAGCCUGAAAGUACACCCGAGGCAAAUUCAGACCCUUUGGGUGUUUUGGUAAACACCGAUUCCGAGUCUGAUAAAGAGGAGAAACCACAAAGUGCUGUCAUACCUAAGGAAGUGACACCAGCCCUGUGCUCCCUAAUGAGCAGCUAUGGCAGCCUCUCGGGGUCGGAGAGUGAGCCAGAAGAAACUCCCAUCAAGACUGAAGCAGACAUUCUGGCAGAAGACCAGGUUCUUCAUAGCAGUACUCCUAAGAAACCAAGUCAAGAUGUUAAAGCAACUGUUAGAAAUUUCUCAGAAGCCAAGUAUGAGAGCCAAAAGAAAAGUUUUAAAAACACAAAUCCUAAGAGGAAAAAGAAUUAUCGCAAUUGUCAAACAUUAUUUGAACCAAGAACACACCAUCCGUAUCUCCUGGAAAUGCUUUUAGCUCCAGACAUUCGACGUGAAAGAAACGUGAUUUUGCAGUGUGUUCGGUACAUCAUCAAAAAAGACUUUUUUGGACUUAAUACUACUUCUGCAAAAACUAAAGAUGAAUAGGUGGCUGGUGUUUUAGCAUACAUAUCUGAAGCAUGUAAAAUAGUAACAUCUUCAAGUUUGUGGAGGAAAACCUUUUUUUUUUUUAAACUGGAUUAGUAAUUAAAUUGUAAGCCUCAUGGGCUAUUAUGUAGGAUUUUCCAGUCUUUCGUUUGACUCUAUACAAAUAAACACAUAACUGAUUUUUAAGACUGUGUCUGUAUUGUUGGGAUCAUACAUAAUAUUUGCUGGCAGAAUUCUACUUUUUAUUUGUAUUUAUUGCUGUCAUGUAAGGAAGUCUGCCCUUGGGCCAGUUAAGAAUUGAAGGCACUGGUUUAGUGGUAAAGAAAAAAAUUAAAAAAUUUUUUAAUUCAGCUGAGCAGAGCUAUAGGUUGGGGAGAGAAAUACAGUCAUUUUGUUUUUAAUACAGGAGAGGAAGAGUCAUUCUUUAACUUCAGCAAAGGGGGAUAUUUUAAAAAUAAACCAGAGCAAAUUAAUAUAAUGAGAAGGUCUUGAAAUUUAAAUUUUCACUGUUUAUUUCAAAGGACAUUUUGAAAUUCACCUAUUGGCAUUUAAGUAGCUCAAAUAUUGAUCAUUUGAAACAUUACAGAUAUGGCCUCUGUGUGUGUUUCAAUUCAGUUGAAGUGCUUCUUUUUGGUAUGGUUCAGAAUUGGACCUUUUAAACAUUUUUUCCUUUGAAAAAGUAUGUAAAGUAUAUAGUACUUGAUGAGGUUCAAUUAGUUUCUUAUAGCAUGAACAGUAGUUUGUGAAAUCAUGGUACCUGAGUUUUAAAUAAUUAAAAUUUGUCCUAUAAAGAUAGUAAUUGAACCUUCUAAAAAUGUUUUAAAUAAAUAGCUGCUAAGAUCUUUUUAUCUCCUAUAAUACCAGAGGUUCUGGUCUUAUGUUCUAGUCAUUUGUGCUAGCUACUGCUAGAGCUCUACCCUUUUGACGUACAGCCAAAGGAACUGGAUUUUUAUAAAUUAGUCUCUUGUUGUAGUUGGAAAAUUAAUUUUAUCUGACAUUGUGAUUAUUGAAAUCCAUGAAUCUUGCCUUCAAGAAAUAAGGCAAGAAAGCUGGUAGCAGGUCUCUGCCCUCUUGUUCCUCUACGUCUGUAAGAGGCCAUCCCAAAUCCUGGAACACCAGGCACGAAACACUGUGACAUCACAGACCUGAGAUUAAGAUUCAUACUGAAGUCAGUGUUUCCCAACCUGGUAACCACCAUACAGACCUUUUUAUUCUGCUUUACUCUAUUCCUCCAGUGAGCCCCAUAUUUUGGAAAAUUAUCUGUCCAGUUCAUUAAUUAAUUCAGUUCGUAUACUACUUCAAUGGAUGAAAGAUAGAAAAAUGAAUAAGGCCUUGCAUAAUUCAAAGAUGUGACUCUUAACCCAAUUCAUCUCAUCAGGAUGGAUGAAGUAACCAAUGUUACAAACUGACUUAAUAUUCAAAUUUUGACUGGUCUGCAGUUUUAUCACAGGUUAGCAUGCAAAUUCUAUAGGCUUUUAAAUAUAUAAAGGAAUUCACAGACUCCUAGGCUACUUUCGAAGAACCACUUUAUCUCCAGGGGUGUUGACAAUCACUGCUUUAAGGUGUAUUGUGCAAUGUUUUAUUUUCAAUCUUUCUUGUUUUCUAAUAAAUGUACUUAAGACUGAAAAUGUUCCUCUGAGUACUGCCUUGGCUGUGUCUGACAGUCUUAAGCUGUGGUGACUGUUGUUUAUUUCUAGUGGGUAAUUUCAGAUUCACUUGCCUUUAUAUUUAAACCAGGAAUUACUUAAUGUGUUUAAAAUUUCCAAGCAGAUAGAGUGUAACCUGUACGGUUUCUACUUUAUGGAAUGCAUAGUCAAUAUCUGUAAAUAUUCUAUGAGUUACUGGGGCGGGGAGGGGUGGCUUGCCUGUUCUUUUUUGGAUUUAACUUGUUAAUUGUCAGACCUUCUACAUUCUUAUUGUCCAUUUAAUGAAUUGAUUUCUGAGAUGUGAAAGCAUUAUGUGACUGUUGGUGAGCUGUGCCUUUUAUAACUGAGAUAUUCUCUUUUGUCCUUAAUACUUUCUGCAUUGGCUCCUAUUUUCCCCAAUUAAUGUAGUCAAAACAGCUUUGGGGAAGUUCAAUCUAAGAGUCUCUGGGAAAUUUAAUCCAUUCAUGUUAAUUGAAAUUGUUGAAAUGUUUGGAC